GGUUUUAGGCUGGGUUUCUGUACAGCACUUUGAGACAUCGGCUGAUGUAAAAAGGGCUUUAUAAAUACAUUUGAUUUAAAUUUUAUUGAAUAAGGUCUAGUGAACCUGCCGGUUCCAAGUCGAAAAAUAAUCGACUAAUUUUGUUUAUAUAAAUAACACCAUUCUCUAUCCACUGUAAUUUACAACUUGAUAAGAUCUAUUGAUAAGAGCUAGGUAAAUGAGUAAUCCGUUUGAUGAGGGAAUUUUAAAUAUAUAUUACAUUUGUUUAAGAUCUAUUUUCCCUUAUAAUCGCUGGAGAUAAAUGUGAAACCAGUCACAUGGCAGCAAACUGAAGCUUAUCAACAUAUCACCUUUCUCACAGUAAAGUUGAUGAAAUUCUUUGCCAUUAUGCAGAAUUUAAAUUGUACGGCCUUUUAACCUGUGGGAAUGGGCACUCUCGAAUGUCUUAAAUAUAGGCUCCUCCGGCUUUCUCUGUUUCCUAUUUCUGUCAUGUUAAAUAUUAGUCACUAUCAGUAUCGAUCGUCAGUAGGUCUAAUGACAACACAUUCAACUGCCAAUUCAAUGUUCGUUCCCUUCAGUUGGUAUAGCCUACAUUAUCAUUCCAUAACAGUUUGAACCUGACCCAUGUUGCAAUACUUGGGCAUCACACGGUUCCAUGGUUAGUGCAGAAUAUAGACGAGGGUAUAGCCUAUUCUAUUGUACACUAUUCUCCCUCUUACUUUCAUGCGGGAAGUCUGAAUACCAACUACUGAGAAGUGCUUAAAAGAAAGGCAUCAUUUCCUAAAGUACUGCAAUGAAUAGGGAAUAGGGUGCCAUUUGGGAUAAGGUGCACCAUAACCAGGAGGGCUGAGCCCAGACUUGGCUCUCUGUCGUGAAUUGUCAACAAUCUGCAUUUUAAUAACUUCCUGUCUCUCUUUAAUACCAUCCCAUGUGGCUGGGAGGGCUGGGAGACAAGCAGGGCAGGAUUCUCAGGGAGGCUGGCCAUGUACACUCCCUCCCCUGGUCCAUUGGCAGACCAGCAGCCUCAGCAGGAGGUAGGGGAGGGCCAUGUGCCAGAGAGUCCCUUUCUUCCCAGCCUCCAGUCAGAUGAUGUGUGUUUCUGUGGAGUGGGACUGUUAGUGAAGGAGCUCUCCGCCUGCCUGUGAACAGAACAGUAGUCGGCAGUAAUUAACAGGUGCUGUGAGAAGCCUCUCUGUUCCUACUGAACAUCAGGAGCUGCCAGACCUCUCCAGAACCUCUCCAGCAGCCAGAGAAGAGCUCUUGAGGGUCAACGGAGCGGGUCCAGAGAGGGGCGGGUAAACCAUGGACCUGUGUGCCUCCACUUUGGAGCUGUUGGGGAUGGUAGUGUACAUGGCAGCCUGGCUGUGUGCUCUGGCCACCACCCUGAUGCCACAGUGGCUGACCCUGUCCACAGACCUCUUGCUCACAGAGAGCUAUGAGCUGGGUCUCUGGGAGACCUGUGUGGUCCAGGACAUGGGGGGGAUGGAGUGUCGACCCUACGACAGCCUGCUGGGCCUGCCUCAGGACAUCAAGGUGGCCCGUGUCUUCAUGUGUAUCUCCCUGACUGUGGGCCUGCUGGGCCUGCUGCUGGCUAUCCCUGGUCUUUACCUGGUCAACAGCUUCAGCCAGGGGCUGGAGGGCUGCAGGGCCAAGAGGAUCAUGAAGGUGGCAGGAGGGGUGCUGGGGAUGCUAGCUGGGGUGCUGUGUCUGGUCCCUGUUUCCUACGUCGCCCACUUGACGGUAAUGCGUUACUUUGAUGAGUCAGUGCCGGAGGUGGUGCCACGCUGGGAGUUUGGUGAUGCCCUGUUCUGCGGCUGGGUGGGGGGGUUCCUCCUGCUGGUGGCGGGAUUACUCCUGUUUGCAUCCUGUCUGGGGCCUCUGGCAGACCAUUCCAGGGGACCUCAGGCAGACUAUUAUGGAGCCCCCCAAGCAGAUCAUUCCAGGGGACCUCGGACAGACUAUUACGGAGCACCCCAGGCACAAUCGCCGAAGAGAAACGAGGUCCGGAGUACGGAUCACUCCUCCAGGAAACCUCCAGAGUAUGUCUGAGGCGAGGGGAGAAGAGAGGAAAGGCGAUACGAGGUCCGGAGUAUGGAUCAUUCCUCCAAGAAACCUCCAGAGUAUGUCUGAGGCGAGGGGAGAAGAGAGGAAAGGCGAUACGAGGUCCGGAGUAUGGAUCAUUCCUCCAGGAAACCUCCAGAGUAUGUCUGAGGCGAGGGGAGAAGAGGGGAGGUUUCCUGGAAGAAUGAUCCGUACUCUGGACCUCGUAUCUCCUCUCCUCUCUCUGAGGCGAGGGGAGGUGGAAGGAAAGAGAGGGGAGAGGUAUUCUGGAAGGUUUGUGGAUGGUUCUGCCUCUCUUGAAAAUAGUUAAACAGCCUAAGAACCAGCCUUGGCACUCUGGCUGACUGCUUUUUGACAGGCUGUUUAUAAAGCAGCUACAUGCUUCUAUGUCAAACCCACAGGGAAUACCUGGAGUGUUGGGAUGUAAACCUGCUCCAGCCUCACCCCAUCCUCCCUGACGCUAUAAAACCUGCUCCAGCCUCACCCCAUCCUCCCUGACGCUAUAAAACCUGCUCCAGCCUCACCCCAUCCUCCCUGACGCUAUAAAACCUGCUCCAGCCUCACCCCAUCCUCCCUGACGCUAUAAAACCUGCUCCAGCCUCACCCCAUCCUCCCUGGCGCUAUAAAACCUGCUCCAGCCUCACCCCAUCCUCCCCGACGCUAUAAAACCUGCUCCAGCCUCACCCCAUCGUCCCUGAUGGUAUAAAACCUGCUCCAGCCUCACCCCAUCCUCCCUGACGCUAUAAAACCUGCUCCAGCCUCACCCCAUCCUCCCUGACGCUAUAAAACCUGCUCCAGCCUCACCCCAUCCUUCCUGAUGGUAUAAAACCUGCUCCAGCCUCACCCCAUCCUCCCUGACGCUAUAAAACCUGCUCCAGCCUCCCCCCAUCCUCCCUGGCGCUAUAAAACCUGCUCCAGCCUCACCCCAUCCUCCCUGACGCAAUAAAACCUGCUCCAGCCUCACCCCAUCCUCCCUGAUGGUAUAAAACUUGCUCCAGCCUCACCCCAUCCUCCCUGGCGCUAUAAAACCUGCUCCAGCCUCACCCCAUCCUCCCUGACGCUAUAAAACCUGCUCCAGCCUCACCCCAUCCUCCCUGACGCUAUAAAACCUGCUCCAGCCUCACCCCAUCCUCCCUGACUCUAUAAAACCUGCUCCAGCCUCACCCCAUCCUCCCUGACGCUAUAAAACCUGCUCCACCCUCACCCCAUCCUCCCAGACGCUAUCUAACCUGCUACAUCCUCACCCCAUCCUCCCUGACGCUAUAAAACCUGCUCCAGCCUCACCCCAUCCUCCCUGACGCUAUAAAACCUGCUCCAGCCUCACCCCAUCCUCCCUGACGCUAUAAAACCUGCUCCAGCCUCACCCCAUCCUCCCUGACGCUAUAAAACCUGCUCCACCCUCACCCCAUCCUCCCUGACGCUAUAAAACCUGCUCCAGCCUCACCCCAUCCUCCCUGACGCUAUAAAGCCUGUAUGCAGUUAAUUCUUUCUGACAAAUCUUUUUUUUAAUAAUGUCAAUUUAAUGUAGAAAUUAAACACUUGAUAUACAGUAAUUGCAAUAAAUAAUAGUUUAGUGUUAUAUAUAAGUAUAUAGUUCACUGAAUUUAAGAUGUUUUUGUAAAUAAAACUUUACAAUUAUAUCAGUCAUAAAUCAAUAAUCUACUGUAAUGAAUUGAUCUGAAUAAAAUUGGUUUCUCUCCAACAUGCUGAGGUUGACAUCCAGACAACAAUGUCACUGUUUUCUUCAUCUUCUCUCGACGAGUAACAACCUGUCAUGUAGAUGGGUUAGGGUUAGGGUUAGUUCCAACCAGUCAUGUA